GCAGGCACUGGCGGCAGGCACCCGCCGCAUUCGUGGCCGUAUUCGGCGGCACGGGGCUGACAGGGCGCGAGGCGGUGCACCAGCUGCUCCAGCGCGGCGAGGAGGUGGUCGUGCUGGCCCGCGACCCGGCGAAACUGCUGACGCCGCUUGGCUCCUGCGGCAAGGAGGCCGCGGACAAGCCCUUCGACGACGCCAAGCUCAAAGUGGUUCAGGGCGACGUGAAAUCCUUUGCCGACGUGAGCAAGGUGAUCGGGGCUGGCUGCAAAGGCGUCAUCGUCUCGCUGGGUGGCAAGAGCGCCGAUGUCGGUGAGACGAUGCUUACCGACGGCACCAGCAACGUCAUCUCCGCCAUGAAGGAGGCCGGCACCAAGCGCAUCGCCGUGGUGACCAGCAUUGGCACCGGCGAUUCUGAGAACCAGGCGCCUUUCUUCUUCAAAGUGUUGAUGUACACCAUGAUGAGCAAGAUAUUCAAGGACAAGAACAACCAAGAGGCGCUCUUCCAGCCGGGGGGCCCGGGCAGCGACCUCGAGUUCACGGUCGUGCGCCCCGGCGGGCUCACCGUGGAGCCGCCGACGGGGGUCAUCCACCGUGGUCGGCCAGCCGGCUCCAUCGCCCGCGCCGACGUGGCCGACUUCUGCUUGGGGGCCGUGCUGGAGCCCGGCUUCCCGUACCUCGGGAGAAGUUUCCCUGCAUCUCUUCCGUGGGCGGCACCGGUUGGACGAAGGACCGCUCGGCCAAGGCCCGCAUGGGGGAGGCGGCGGCCUGAGCUCGCACGAGCCGCGCGGCGCGGUCUCGGGAGGGAGAAGGAGGAGGAGGAGCAGCAAGCAGCAGCAGCGCACAAGGAUGAGCGGAGUUGUGCCCGAUCUUGCGCCCUACAGUUUUGGGGCGUCCUGCAGUUGCGCCCGACGUAGUUGUGGGUAGGUUUUUUUGCCAUGGCCAGUUUUCGCCUACAGCAGGUUGGCUUGGGCGGUGUUCCUUAUGUGCUUGGUGAUCUUCAGUUCCACGCUCUGUGGUGCCGUUCGGUGACCAAUGCCGCAACAGAGGGAGGAACAA